AUGACUGCAGUAAAGUCUCUUCUUCUGGCCCUAGCCGUCGGGCAGAUUGCUCAGGCUCAAUUGGACACUGCUGCGAAAGCGGCUGGUCUUUUGUACUUUGGCACUGCGGUUGACAAUCCAGACUUGAGCGACUCUCAAUACCUUGCUACCCUCCAGACCGCGGAUUUUGGUCAGAUCACACCUGCAAAUGGAAUGAAAUGGCAACCCACCGAGCCGACUCAAGGUACCUAUACUUUCUCUGAUGGGGACCAGAUCGCGAGCCUGGCCAAGUCUAACAACGACUACUUGCGAUGCCACACCUUGGCUUGGUACAACCAAUUGCCGUCAUACAUCACUUCUGGGUCGUGGACAAAUCAAACUCUCAUUGCUGCCUUGCAGGAGCAUAUCAAGGGAGUGGUUACGCAUUACAAGGGACAGUGCUACGCCUGGGACGUUGUUAAUGAAGCCUUGAACGAGGACGGCACUUAUCGUCAAAAUGUCUUCUACCAACAUAUCGGCGAGGCAUAUAUCCCAAUUGCUUUUGCUGCCGCCGCCGCGGCGGACCCUAAUGCUAAGCUGUACUAUAACGACUACAACAUCGAAUACGCUGGGGCAAAGGCAACCGGUGCUCAGGGUAUUGUGAAACUAGUUAAGGCUGCUGGUGGUCGUAUCGACGGUGUCGGUUUCCAGUCUCACUUCAUUGUGGGACAAACCCCAAGCCUUGCCGCUCAGAAAGCAAACUUGGCUUCUUUCACUGCCCUCGGCGUUGAUGUUGCUAUUACUGAACUUGACAUCCGCAUGACUCUCCCAGAUACCAGCGCUCUUCAGGCUCAGCAAUCCACUGACUACCAGACCACCACUACCGCCUGUGUCCAGACUAAAGGCUGUGUCGGUAUUACGAUCUGGGAUUUCACAGACAAGUACUCAUGGGUUCCUGGAACCUUCUCUGGCCAGGGAGAUGCUUGUCCAUGGGACUCAAAUUACAACAAGAAACCCGCAUACUACGGUAUUCUUGCUGGUUUGAAAUCUGGCUCUGGAUCUCCAUCUUCUUCCAGCACCCUGAUAACCACAACGAAGCCCACCACCACUUCAACUGCCCCUCCAACAACCACUACAAGCAGUAGCCCAAGCACUGGUGCUGCACACUGGGGACAGUGCGGAGGUAUCGGCUGGAAUGGACCCACCACUUGUGUUUCUCCUUAUGCUUGUCAAGUGUUCAACCCAUACUACUCUCAAUGUUUGUAA